AUGAAUGUGGAUCAACAAUCACUUGUACUUGGGGAUAGCGACACAUCGGCUCCAUGGUACACCACUCGCGUUGGAAUCGAUGUUCUGGAAAAUGCGAGAGACAUUCUGGAGACGUAUGCGCGGGUUUCCCCAGAAAAUGUGGAAGCCCAUGUGUUGACACUGCGGGAUAAAAUCUGGAGUGUCUUCCCGUACCCAUGCAUUGGCCGCUUCUCCUUUUUGGAUUUCUACCUGCAUCGCAUGCCUCUUUAUAGUUCUCUUGUCAAUCGACUUAAGGAACCCAACGCCAAGCAUUUAGACGUUGCGUGCUGUGUUGGACAGGACAUACGCAAGUUAGUUUACGAUGGCGUUCCUUCAGAAAACAUUGUUGGCGUGGAAAUUGAGAAGGGUUUUAUUGACGCUGGCCACGAGCUGUUUCGAGACAAACAAUCCCUCCACACGAAAUUCGUCGUAGCUGACAUUGUCGACGAUAAAGAUAGUGUCCUCGAGGCCAUGGCUUGUCAGUUUGACUCUGCUCACCUUGGAAUGUGUUUACAUCUAUGGGAUCGGGAGGAUCAGCUGAAGGCGUUGCGCAGAGUUAUUCGCCUACUAAAGUCAGAGUCUGGUGUGGCUAUUUUGGGUCACACCAUAGGACAUGUCGAAGGUAUUGAGGUGUCUCUGGGAAUGAACGGAAAGCCCAGUUUGAGGCAUAACUUGCGAACAUAG